AUGACACGCACGUCGAAUCCACCAAUCCUCUCGCAGCUCCAGAGCGCAAGGAGCUAUACCGAACAAACGAGCGCGCUACGGACUCUCAAGAACGAUGUUGUCGGGCACGCACAGAAGAAGGAGAUGUGGGCUGAGCUAGGCGCACUGGAACCCAUUGUCAAGAUUCUCAAUGCUUCCCGGUCGCCGGCCAAGGUCAACGGCAAAGACACCCGCCCGAACUCCAACUCUCGGUGGUUGAACGAGGAAGAAACAGUGAGGCUUCAGGCUCUACAAUUGUUGGCGAGCUUUGCCAAUGGAGGCACUGCUUUCGUCGAGCCACUGCUAGCUGCGAGCGCGCUGCCAGCCGUGUUGGACAACGUGUGUCCAACUACAAACGCUCCUCUGCUCGUCACCACGGCACUACGCGUCCUCCUCAACAUCAUCGAAGCUUCUAUUUUGUCAACUACGAAUAUGCAAGCGUUGGCCGAGGCCAUCUUCGCAUCCGAACACAUCGAUUCUUUCAAUAGCAUACUUUCCAGCACUGCAACUGCGUCCGAGCAACAAAUUCAAGUACCUUUAGUGGCGAGCAUUAUAAGCCAUUUGUGUCGAGAUGAGAAGCACCAAUUGGCCAUGGCAAAUCAAGGAGUGAUUGACUCCCUCGCAACCCGCAUUGCAGUUGCUGAAGGACAUGUUAUUCCCUACGCCGAAGUGUUCGGUCGGGUGGAUCGGAUGUCGGACUUCAUUCCGGAACCAGCACCGUCCAGCUCAAACUUGGCGUCGAUCUUGGAGGCCUUGACUGUCAUCAUCUCGGAUUCUCGCUUCAGGGCCUGCAUGUUAUUAUGCUCGCCGGCUAUCAUGGCCAUCUUUCCUGCUCUGAAAUUCAACCCGUCAAAGGAAGUCCGAGCGCCUUGGAACUCCCUAGAGGUCAGCGGUCUCGGAUACGCGCGCCAGCAGAGUCUCAGCGCUCUGGACUACCUACUACCCGCCAUCCCCAUACAUCAAGGCCGAAUCCCUGGUUCGCAGCAAUCACACUUUCCAGCUCUGAGUUCGUCCGAGGCGCGGGAGCGAGCUCGCUCAGCCGCAAGCAAAUACAGCUCCACAGCUUCUGUGUGGGAGACUUCCCGGUUCGAGUUGUUCGGAAACGAGACGGAGCCGGAAGAAGAACAGGAAACUCCUCUGAUACCGUGGCUGAUACUUUUGGUCAGAUCGCGACAGGGUCUGGAUCGGCUGAUGGCUGCCAACCUUCUCACUUCACUUUUCAGGUCUGGGUUUGGCAGCAAGUAUUUGAGAGAGACCAGUCUCUGCCUUCUGGUUGUUCCUGUCCUUAUGGAGAUGCUCGAACAGCUUCAGGCAGCACCUCCAGUCGUGAAGUCUCCUCUGGUCGAUGCAGAUGCGGCGCUCAAAUGGACGAUACUGGAGCGUACGCCAGCCAUCCUUGCCCGAAUAAUCACAGACAGCGAGCCGCUUCAAAAGGCUGCUUUCGACUGCGGUGCCGUCAAAUGUUUCAGCAAGCUCCUCAAAGACGCAUAUGAGCCAAUUCCGCCAUCGGCCUACGCUAAGGUAUGGUCACCACAGGCCGACACUGCGAUGGAGACCGAAAGCACCCUUCCUUCUUGCGCUCUGGGAUCAGAAGGACAGCCGCCGCUCCUAGCCCACAGAGUGCGGAUGCGAGAAAGUGCACUGAAGGCGAUAGGGGCUCUGGCGGCUGGCAAGGACGAAUACCGUAAGGCUUUCGUCGUGGAGGACGUCGUCGCUCACAUUGUGCAAUCAUUAUCGCCCACGCCCGGCAAGCCGUCAAAUCCCAAGGAUCGCAGCAAACCAAAUGAACCAGAUGGGCCAAUCCGUGACGGAGCCGCAUCUGACCACAAUUCUGGGUACGGCAGUAACCCGCUGUCAGUCUUAAUCGCGGGUUGCCAUGCUGUGAGAAUGCUGUCACGGUCAGUGAGUAUUCUCAGGACAUCUUUGGUUGACUAUGCUGUGGCCGUGCCUCUCUUUCGGUUUCUCAGACACCCUGACGUGGAUGUCCAAGUUGCUGCCACUGCUGCGAUUUGCAAUUUGGUCACAGAAGUCAGCCCCAUGAGGGAGCUCCUGGCUGAGCGGGGUGUGAUGAAGAUACUGUGUGAGCAUGCGCAUUCUCUCAAUGCAGCACUGCGUCUCAACGCUCUCUGGGCACUGAAGCAUUUCGUACAUGCGGUUGACCCGGAUACCAAGAGGCAAUGCUUGGAAGAGCUUGAGUCUGGAUGGCUUGUGCAGCUUAUUUGUGACGAUACGGAAGAUGAUGCUCUGUUCCUUGCUAGGUCUAAGCUGGACAAGCAGAAUGCUGUUGACACUGGAGACGAUUUGGAUGGCGAUGUCGAGAUGGAUCAGGCUGAUCCGUUGUCUAAAUCGUGGUUGGGUUCACAGGACGCAGACGGCAAACGAUCGGCCAAGUUACGUCAAACCGAGGCGAGACUGGCAGCUCUUCGGGAGGCCGAAAUCAACCCUUUGCGGAAAGCCCGUAACGAUGACCUCGCCAUUCAGGAGCAGGGCCUCGACUUCAUAAGGAAUUUGAUCGGGGCGGGUGUAUCUGGAACGCAACCUGAUGCGUCAAGCGAUACCACGGAGAUGAUUGACUACCUUUUCAUUGAGUUGGGCCAGGACAGAUUUUUUGAUAUCCUAGCCAGGAAGCUCCAGGCCAAGGUACUACAUCCAACGUCAAGACGGUCCACGGGUUCAGGACGCGAGGCCCGAGUCCUCUACCCUCAGGCCAAGAUCAUCGAGGCCGUUGUGUUCAUCCUUGUUCACAUGGCAGCGAGCAUUCCGCGCCAUCGACAACUGGUUAUUGCACAAACAGACUUGCUCAAGCUGUUGGCGAAUCACUUCAACAGCAAGGACAAAGAAGUCCGGGUUGCCCUUUGUCACUUGAUCAGCAACCUCACAUGGCAGGACGACGAUAACGACGCACGGGGAUGUGCCCAAAGGGCGUACGAGCUUAAGAAGUUGGGCUUUCUCACCAAACUUGAGGGAUUAGAAGACGACAGCGAAUUAGACGUGCGAGAACGGGCCAAGAGUGCAGUGUGGCAGAUGAAGCAGCCUGGCACAUAUUAG